CCAACAAAAGAGGAACAAACAAAAGAGAAAGAAAGUAGGAGUGGGCCGCAAAGUAGCAACUAGCCAGCACCUCUCCCUCUCCCUCUCCCUCUCCCUCUCUCGAUAUCAAUAUCAUCAUCGAAGAAGAAACAACUCGCUCGGCAAUCGAGUAAUCUGAAUUGAAUCUAAGCAGCAACAAUUAGCGAUUGGAAGGCUUGCCUUGUCCGUCGAGGUUUCCAAUCGGUUGUCAGAACGGAAAAAAAAUUCAGCUAUAUGGAGAGCGAUUCGGAGAUGGUGGCGUUUCCUUUGCUGUUGACGCCGAUCGAAUCCAAUUACAGGGCAUGCACCAUUCCCUACAGGUUCCCUUCUGACAAUCCCCGAAAGGCCACUCCUACUGAGCUCCAGUGGAUCGACCUCUUCCUCAAUUCCAUCCCUUCUUUCAAGAAACGGGCUGAAGCAGAUGACACAGUGUCCGAUUCUGCUGCCAGAGCUGAAAAGUUUGCUCAAAGGUACUCUGAGAUACUCGAGGACUUUAAGAAAGAUCCAGAAAGCCAUGGUGGCCCUCCCGACUGCGUUCUUCUCUGUAGAUUGCGGGAACAAAUCCUUAGAGAAUUGGGGUUUAGGGACAUAUUCAAGAAGGUCAAGGAUGAAGAGAAUGCUAAGGCCAUAUCUCUGUUCAAAGAGGUGAUCCGUCUUAAUGAUUCCUUUGAAGAAGGACCAAAGCGGCUGGAGAAUCUGGCUCGGGGAAUUUUUGCAGGGAACAUAUUUGACCUCGGUUCUGCACAGCUUGCUGAGGUGUUUUCAAGGGAUGGAAUGUCCUUCUUAGCUAGUUGUCAAAAUCUUGUCCCUCGACCAUGGGUUGUUGAUGACUUAGACUCUUUUAAAGUUAGAUGGAGCAAGAAAUCAUGGAAGAAGGCAAGUUUCAGAUCUUUCUUUCUCCAAGCUAUCAUCUUUGUCGAUAAUUCAGGUGCAGAUAUAAUCCUAGGUAUUUUGCCUUUUGCAAGAGAACUACUUCGACGUGGAACUCAGGUUGUAUUGGCUGCUAAUGACUUGCCGUCAAUCAAUGAUGUCACAUACCAUGAGCUUAUUGAGAUUAUAUCAAAGUUGAAGGAUGAGAAGGGGAUGCUCGAGGGCGUGGAUACCUCAAAUCUUCUGAUUGCCAAUUCUGGCAAUGAUUUACCAGUUAUUGAUUUGGCAAGUGUGUCCCAAGAGCUAGCAUAUUUGGCGAGUGAUGCAGAUCUUGUUGUCUUGGAAGGCAUGGGUCGUGGUAUAGAGACCAACCUUUAUGCUCAGUUCAAGUGCGAUUCUGUCAAGAUCGGGAUGGUGAAACACCCAGAGGUUGCUCAGUUUCUAGGAGGACGACUUUAUGAUUGCGUUUUCAAGUACAAUGAGGUCUCAAGUCAGUAGCAGUAGUAGCAUGAUUCUUGUUUGUUUUUCUGGGUGGACUGUCCCCAGUCCAUUUAGAGGAGCUGUGCUGCGCCUGACGCACACCUCUGGGUACACUUUCGACCUCCAUUUAGCAUUGUAUAAAUAAUGACGACAUAUGUCACCACAACGGAGUUACUGUGGUUGGCCAUUGAAUUUAAGUACGUUCCCGAUCUAAUAACCAUUAACAUCUCUUAAUAUCUUUUUGAGCAAGCGCUAAAAUAGCUCCUAAAAGUACUGUUAUUGUACCAGUUAAAGCUUUCAUAUUCAUUAUGUAAGGUAUGGCGAAAAGGGGGGAAGAAGGCGUAUGUAACUUUGGCUUUUGAUCGGCGUUGUAAUGAAUUGAUUGUAUUGCGGUUGCAUACUUUUGUAAAACUACAGAAAGGAAAUCUUGGAAACUGAAUAAUGGAAGCUACUCUAUUCUAUUAUAAGAGA